CUUUGCCCGUACCCAAACACCUUGAAUUGUGGUUCUCUUCUGCCAGUCUGUCUUCUAGGAUGCUCUAAGAUCCGGCCCUGAUUCUUACCAUCUUCUGGCUGUCACUUCUACAUUCAAGCAUGGACAACAACAUUAAUCAAUCUCGUCCACCAGGCGAACGCCGGCCACCUGCCCAACGUCGCCCACCUUCUCGCGCCUCUGAACCCAGCCUGACCUCGCAAUACCUAAUAGUGUACAACGCACUCUGCCUCGUCCUCUGGUCUACCGUGACGUUACGGGCCGCCCUUCUCAUUCCAACGCUCCUCACGUUCGGCAAACUCGAGAACCUCUUCGAUGCGCUGUUUCCGCUGUUGAAAUGGACCCAGACAAUCGCCCUGUUAGAGAUCGUCCAUGCUCUGGUUGGUCUUGUCCGCGCCAGCCCGUUGACGACGGCAAUGCAGGUUGCUUCGCGCAUCUUGGUCGUUUGGGUCGUGCUUGAGAUGUUCCCCCAAAUCGUUCUUACUACCAAUAUAUACGGCCGCUCUGCACCGGGUUCGACUACGGGUCCGAUCGCGUUUGCAGGGAUCAUUACAGCAUGGGGGAUCACAGAAAUUAUUCGUUACGGGUUCUUCGUGUGGAAAGCAGCCGUCAGCGAGAGAGUCCCUGCUGCCCUGACGUGGUUGAGAUACAACACCUUCUUCGUGCUGUACCCGAUCGGCAUCACGAGCGAGUGCUUGCUCAUGUAUCUCGCCCUCACGCCGGCGCAGAAACAAGGGAAGAACGUAGAUUGGUUGCUGAAGGCCGUGCUGGGAGUAUAUGUACCGGGAAGUUAUAUCUUGUACACGCACAUGAUGAGGCAGAGGAGGAAGGUCAUGAAAGGAAAAGGGAAAUCCGCAUAAAUAUACAAGGCGAAAUGGGGAGUCUCCCGUUGAUGCUGUCAAAUUUUGUCCCGCUGUUCUGUUGGACUUAGCCCGCACGAAGCGUCCUUGCCAGCUUUAUGAUCAUAGGAAUGAUGACUUGCGUUCAUGUUAGCUGGUCAACCCUCGUUCCCGCCAGAAUUCCAGGAUCAUUG